AGAAUAAUACCAGCUGGUUAGUCAGAUAAAUACUAUUAUACACGAAUAACCGUGAGUUGUUCAAAACUAAAAUUUUCCGAAUGUUUUUAGUUGCUAAACUUUCAAUAAUAGAGAAAAAAUUAGUAAUCAAGCAUCAAAAUGUCACGGCAUCGAGGUAUACGUUCGAUGAAUUAUUCUGAUGAAUACGACGGCUAUGACGAUGUAUACGGACACUCUGUAGAAGAUGAUUACUGCAUGUCUCCUGGAGCUGAUGAAUUUUUGUUCGACCGUAACAAGCAGCCGAACAUCGCUUCCUUCAUCAACGAGCCUGAUAUUAAAGAAGACAAUGAAGAUGAUGAUGAUGAUAACAAAGCUUCAGCUUUGCCCAAAAAACCUGAGUUGUCUGAACUUGACACUGCUAAGCUAAUGUCCUGUAUUGAGGUGGUGAGAAACGUUAUCGGGGAUACUGUUCCUGAUUCAAUACUCACUGAGAAAAUAAUUGAAUGCAAUUUUGAUGCUGAAGUCGCUCUGGAUAAUAUUCUUAAAUCUUCGCCUCCUAAAUAUCAGUCUGAUGCAGCCAAGGCCAAAGAUCGCAUAGAAGCACAAUCAGGUAUCAAGAUAAAGCCAACAGUACAAGUAACAACGCCAUCAGCGAGAGUAGUAACGCCAGCAAAAGCACGCACAAUUACAAAAGGGUUUGAUUUGAAGAAUAACAUUGACAGCGAUUUACUGCACGCGCGUCAAGAAAGCCCGAGAUCACUGAGUCCCUUAGAGGCGUCAGUGAACUCUUCAACAGGUCCUAAAGGAAAAGACGAAGGGUUCAAGAAAAAUUUCAACGUUUCGAUACCAAAUUCACCACGUUGUCAAUCACCACAGUCAGGACGCGUUACUCCGGAAAAUAAAUCUAAGAGCGCUGAAGAUAAGCGUGAUGUUGCAGCUAUUUAUAAAGACAAGCGCGGAGACGCUAAAGAGCAACUGCAUCUCGUGGUUGUGGGCCAUGUUGAUGCUGGAAAAAGUACUUUACUUGGACGAUUGCUCUGCGACUUAGGACAAGUUUCGUCAAAGUUGAUCCAUAAGUAUCAGCAGGAAAGUAAGAAAAUUGGUAAACAAUCUUUUGCUUAUGCUUGGGUCCUUGAUGAAACUGGAGAAGAAAGGGAGAGAGGAAUAACAAUGGAUGUUGGAUACACAAAGUUUGAAACUGAUACUAAAUCAGUAACUCUUCUCGACGCUCCGGGACACAAGGACUUUAUUCCAAAUAUGAUUAUUGGUGCUACACAAGCUGAUGUAGCUUUAUUGGUGGUCGAUGCUACUAGAGGCGAGUUUGAAACUGGUUUUGAUAGUGGUGGUCAAACUAGAGAACAUGCUCUUCUUCUUCGUUCAUUAGGUGUUUCACAGAUAGCAGUGGUAGUAAACAAGCUGGACACCGUAGACUGGUCUAAAGAAAGAUUCGACGAAAUAUCUGAAAAAAUGAGUGUCUUUCUAAAACAAGCAGGUUUCCGAGAUACCGUGACCUUUGUUCCUUGCAGCGGAUUAUCCGGAGAAAACCUUGCGUCUCCUUCAAAAGCUCCGGGACUCACGAGUUGGUACAGCGGACCAACUCUACUCAAAGUUAUCGACAGCUUCAAAUGCCCGGAAAGGCCAAUUGCUAAACCCUUCCGCUUUUCUGUUAACGACGUAUUCAAAGGCACCGGUUCGGGAUUUUGCAUUUCAGGUCAUGUUGAGGCAGGGAUGGUAGCUGUCGGUGAUAAAGUAUUGCUUCUACCUCGUAAUGAAAAUGGAAUUGUCAAAGGAAUACUUGCCGAUGAAUUGCCAAUUACAAAUAGCUUUGCCGGAGACAAUAUCUCUCUGAUAAUUUCAGGAAUAGAGCAGCAGAACAUAGGAGUCGGUGACAUAAUUUGCAAUCCUCAGAAGCCGAUACCUGUAACAACUUGCUUCGAAGCUCAUGUUGUUAUUUUUUCAAUUGCAAUGCCAAUUACUAAAGGACUUCCAGUAGUACUUCAUUCCCAGUCAUUAGUAGAACCCGCAGUUAUUACAAGAUUAAUCGAGCAACUCCACAAAAGCACUGGGCAAGUUAUAAAAAAGAAACCGAGGUGCUUGCCCAAAAACUCUAGCGCUACUAUUGAAAUUUCAACUCAACGACCAAUUUGUCUAGAGCUCUACCGUGAUUUUAAACAACUCGGUAGAGUUAUGCUUCGCUUAUCCGGCACGACAAUCGCCGCUGGGCUUGUUACAAAAAUAAAAAAUAAGUAAUUCAUUUUACAUUAUACAUUGCAUACUUUAUAAGUGUAAGUUAAUAUAUCGUUAAACCAUAAAUAACAUUUGUAAAUACAAAUACAAUAUGUUUAAACUUUAAACUAAUCGAUUUGUAAAAUGAAUUUUUAUAUUUUGAUUUUAAAAAAUAAAAGUAUUGCGGUAAUUUAAUUUAAA